GCAGCGAGGACGUACGGAGUCACAGCUUAAACACUUGACUAAGAAGAUUACACUCACUGACAAUCCUCUUCACCGGGGAAACGCCGCUUAGUGCUCCAGGGAUAAAUACUCGCUAUACGGCGCGGAAAACAUUCUCUUUUGAGGGCUUGUUGUCGAUCAUCUGCAGCCAUGUGCGACCAGACGUUCGUGGCCAUCACUUUCGGCCCCUGCGACUGCUGCGGGAAAGCCAGUCCGCUUAUGAAUAUCUACAUUAAGUCCGAGGCCACAAACUACUGCUCCUUCUGUGUGGAAGUGAUGGCGACUCAGGGCCUCCAGGCCGGGGAGAGCGCGGCGUCGCUGAAGAAGGAGAGCGACAGCCUGAAGAAGAAGCUGGAGGAGGAGCGCGCGAAGCUCAGCGACAUCGAGCUGAGCCAAGUGGCUGAGAAGAUUGAAGUCUUGGCGCCCCUCUCCAUAAAGACCAGACGGGUCCUGAAGGGUCAUGGGAACAAGGUGCUGUGCAUGGACUGGUGUAAAGACAAGCGCCGUCUAGUCAGCUCUUCACAGGAUGGCAAAGUGAUCGUCUGGGAUGCAUUUACUCUGAAUAAGGAACACGGGGUAACGCUGCCGUGUACUUGGGUUUUGGCGUGUGCUUAUGCCCCCUCGGGCUGUGCUGUGGCAUGCGGCGGCUUGGAUAACAAGUGCUCGGUGUUCCCGCUGUCCCUUGACAAAAAUGAGAAUUUAAAUACAAAGAAGAAGUCCGUUGCCAUGCACACCAACUAUGUAUCCGGGUGCACCUUCACCAGCUCCGACAUGCAGAUCCUGACCUCCAGCGGUGACGGCACAUGUGCACUGUGGGAUGUGGAGAGCGGGCAGCUGCUGCAGAGCUUCCAUGGUCACACAGCUGAUGUCUUGUCCCUGGACCUCGCCCCAUCUGAGACCGGAAACACGUUUGUCUCUGGGGGCUGUGACAGAAAGGCCAACGUGUGGGACAUGCGCUCUGGACAGAACAUUCAGUCCUUCGAGUGCCACGAGUCUGACAUCAACUGUGUGAAGUACUACCCCAGUGGAGACGCUUUCGCCUCUGCUUCAGACGACGCCACGUGCCGUUUCUAUGACCUGCGAGCCGACCGAGAGGUGGCCGUCUACCAGAAGGACAGCAUCAUAUUUGGUGCUUCCACGGUGGACUUCUCUCUGAGUGGACGGCUGCUUUUCGCUGGUUACAACGACUACACCAUCAACGCGUGGGACGUCUUGAAGGGAACUCGCGUCUCCGCCCUGUUUGGCCACGAGAACCGCGUCAGUAGAGUGCGAGUGUCACCCGACGGCACGGCGCUCUGCUCGGCCUCCUGGGACAACACCUUACGGAUUUGGUCCUAGAGCCGAUAUAUCGCAGCGGUGAUCCAGUGAGGAAAGCAUCCAUCACUAUACCAACCCGUUUCCUGUCGUGUACAUACAAACCGUCCGUGUGAUAAACACACACAGACACCUGAAGUAAAGUCUGUCCUGAAUGAGAACGUAUCAUUGUAUCAUAGCUGUAGUUAAUAUAUACACAUUACAAAGGAAGACAACUUCAA